AUGGGGGAAGAAGACCAGCAAAAUGCACUUGAUACCUCUUGGUACAGACUAGUGCACGAUAUGACACGUGUGCUACAGAGGAAAAUAUCAGAUAAAGAUAAGGUAGUGGAAAAAGAAGCGAUGGAUACACCGAUUCAAAAUAUGUACAGCUUUUGGUACAUUAAGCGCAGCACUGGCAACAAGACCGUCAGUGAAAGUUAUGAAAAAAGUAUCAAGGGACUUGGUGAUUUUAAGACGGUACAGGCUUUUUGGAGAAUUUAUAAUCAUUUGGUAAGACCAAAUGAUCUUCCAAAUACAAUGGACUAUCACCUUUUUAAGACGGGUAUUAAGCCCAUGUGGGAAGAUCCAGCAAAUCGACGAGGUGGCAAGUGGAUGGUGCGUCUUCGUAAGGGUAUUGCAUCGCGCUAUUGGGAAGACCUGGUGUUAGCAAUCAUUGGUGAGCAAUUUGACGUGGGCAAUGAAAUCUGCGGUGCUGUCAUUUCACUACGAUACAAUGAAGACAUUAUCUCGCUCUGGAACCGCAACGCUGAUAACAAUGAAGCAUGCUACCGCAUUCGUGAUACGAUGCGGAAAGUGCUCAACCUGCCACAAUUUGUGGCAUUGGAGUACAAACGCCAUGACAUGUUGCUAAACGACAGUUCUACUUUCCGUAACACGACACUGUGGCGAUCUGACAAGAACGAUGGCAGUAAUCGUGAUGGACCUUCGGGCGGAGAACGCACUUCUACAGGCUCACGCUAUCCCCGUGACAAAUCCUCUAGUCACCAACGAUCUGGGUGGAGUCGUGAAAGUAAGCGCUCUGUUUACAAAUCGGAUAGCAACGACAGUGGUCAUCUUCGAAACAGUCGGUUAAACAACGACAAGGCUGAAGGCGAGUAG